UCUUACACCGCCACAACUACUCGCUAUAAAGAGCAUUUCGCAGAUAAACGAGGACUGGUCAGAAAUCGCUCCUCCAAUCUCUCUCCGACCUCUCUGAGUGCAACGAUGGAAGGAACCGGCGUCGUGGCGGUGUACGGAAACGGUGCGAUUACGGAGGCGAAGAAGUCGCCGUUCUCCGUGAAGGUAGGUCUAGCUCAGAUGCUCCGAGGCGGUGUAAUCAUGGACGUCGUCACUCCCGAGCAGGCUCGCAUCGCCGAGGAAGCCGGCGCCUGCGCUGUCAUGGCGCUCGAGCGCGUCCCGGCGGACAUACGCGCGCAAGGCGGUGUCGCUCGCAUGAGCGAUCCUCAGCUCAUCAAGGAGAUCAAGCAGGCCGUUACGAUUCCCGUCAUGGCCAAGGCUCGAAUCGGCCAUUUCGUCGAGGCUCAGAUCCUCGAGGCCAUUGGGAUCGAUUACGUCGACGAGAGCGAGGUCCUGACACUGGCCGAUGAGGAUAACCACAUCAACAAGCACAAUUUCCGGAUCCCUUUCGUAUGCGGUUGCCGGAAUCUGGGCGAGGCCCUGAGGAGGAUCCGCGAAGGCGCCGCCAUGAUUAGGACCAAGGGCGAGGCGGGGACAGGGAACAUCGUGGAGGCGGUGAGGCAUGUGAGGUCCGUGAUGGGGGACAUUAGGGUUUUGCGCAACAUGGAUGACGACGAGGUGUUCACAUUCGCCAAGAAGAUGGCCGCUCCGUACGACCUGGUGAUGCAGGUCAAGCAGCUCGCCCGUCUCCCCGUCGUGCAGUUCGCCGCCGGCGGUGUGGCCACUCCGGCCGACGCGGCGCUAAUGAUGCAGCUGGGUUGCGACGGAGUAUUCGUGGGGUCGGGUAUAUUCAAGAGCGGAGACCCGGCCCGUCGAGCCCGGGCCAUCGUGCAGGCGGUGACGCACUACAGCGACCCGGAGAUGUUGGCGGAGGUGAGCUGUGGGCUUGGAGAAGCCAUGGUUGGGAUCAAUCUGAACGACGACAAGGUGGAGAGGUUCGCGAAGCGCUCCGAAUGAGAUGGUUCGAGUGUUUGCUUGUAGUUUGAAACGAAUCCUGAAUUUGAUAUGUGGCAUUGUCUAGAAAUGAUAAUAACGAGUCGUUGAUCAGACAGUACAGAUUUUCUCCAGUAUUCCUGUUCUUGGGUGUCCUUGUUUCCUUGGAUGUCAUGUUCUUGUCCUGUGAUCGAUGAGAAAACAACAAAGGGAUGAUGAAGAAGAAAGACACUCUGUGUCAAUCAGGAUUCGACAAUUCAAUUGUUCCGUCCCCAGAAUCAA